UUGUGUUGUUGUGGUUGAUAUUUAUAUGAAAGAAUCUUAAAUUUACUAAUGUGUGAUAUCAAGAUAAACUACGUUUCUUAAAAAAUUCCUGCUUUGUAUCCUAUUGAUGUGCGAAAGUAAAUCUGCGUACCAGUGUAACGUAGCUUUGUAACUUCUGUCGUCUGCAAGAUAUCGUUUCCGGUGGCUCGUGUUCGAAAGUAUCUACCUUUUUGAUGCUCCUUUUAAAUUAAUGGCAUUAAGUCUGUGAUCACAUCUGCCUGCUACAGUUCUCUGUGAAGUCUGCAAGGUUCAUAAUGGAGAUUGGAAUUGACCUCCCUUUCGUUAAGCUAGAGCCUGCAACUGUAACAGACCAAGACAUAUUCUCAACAGAAUUACGCCAUGAUUUGCCGUUUAGUGGUAACAGAAAUGUUGCAUAUGUUGAUUUGAUUGAACCUCGGAGUGAAAAAACAAACACAAAUGAGUCUAAUUUACAGCUGCUGUCUUCCAGUCUACAUUUGGUCAGAAUCAAAUGUGAACCUGUAGAUAUUUAUGGUGAUGGUGAUUGCCCUACUUAUGCUAGCACACAGACAGGUACUUUCCAUAAAACAUUUUCUCCAUGCCCAGAAGAAGAUAGAUCAUCAUAUAGAAGUGCAUCACUUAGCCAGAGGGAAACUCAGCACUUGCUCAGCAAAGAAUGUGAACCUCUGCAAAGCCCUAUUGUGACCUCUUCUGCCUUUCCAACUGGACUUUUCAGAAAUGUAUACAUCAAGACAGAACCAGUUGACAGUGCUUACACACAUAGUAACCAAACUGAAAGUUCAAGUUCACGAAUUCAAAGAAAGUUUGGAAAGCCAUUUAAGUGUGUUGCAAGUGAAGCUAACCAUAAUGCUAGUGAACAAAACUAUACCCUAGACUUUCAGUCUAGUACAAGACCAAUAGUGCCAGCACCCAGCAAUCAGCAAUCUGCUUCAUUCUUGGGUGGAAAAUUGAAGCCGUGCUCUAUAAAACUGGAGAGAUUACCUUCAGAAGUUGCAAAGAGAGGGUUUUUACACCUUCCACAACAACAUCAGAAAUCUUUUUCCUUGAGGCAACCAAGCAGCAUGUCUGCAGUUACUGCAGUCCACAUCAGCUUAGCAAGCAUUAAGCCAAGAUCUCGUGAAGGAGAUAGGCCUUACAAAUGUGAACAAUGUGGCCUAAGCUACAAAACUGCAUCUGCAAGAAGUCAACACAGGAAAGUGCAUACUGGUAUCAAAGAGCACACAUGCAAAUUGUGUGGAACGUCUUUUAUGUACAAAAGCUCCCUCACAGCUCAUCUCAGGACACAUACAGAUGAAAGACCCUACAAGUGUCCAUUGUGUGACUACGCUUUUAGAGGGUCUUCCCAUCUGAAAGCUCAUCUUGUGACUCAUUCUGGAGAGAAACCAUACAAAUGUCAUAUCUGUGGGGCCCGAUACACACAAAAUGGUAAUCUGCAGGUACAUAUUCUUUCACAUACUGGACAGAAGAAUUUUAUCUGUGAUGUCUGUAAUAAAGCCUUUCUCCAACUCACCCAUCUGCAGAGUCAUAGCAGGGUCCACACAGGAGAACGACCAUACAAGUGUAAUCAGUGUGAUGCUUCAUUUUCUCAUAGUAGUACUUUAACAAUCCAUAAACGCACUCAUACUGGUGAAAAACCAUAUAAAUGUUUGAAGUGUCCAUCAGCUUUUGCACAAUUGCCUCACCUCAAAAUGCAUAUGAAAGUACAUAACAGGCCCAAGAAAGAAUCAAAAGUGCAUCGAAGUCGUAGGGGAAUGAGAAUUCAACUUGCGCUAUCAUCAGUAGCAAAAUAGUAGACUUUGACCUAUUGAAGUAAUGUUGCAAUUUAAUGCAAUUAGAGAAGCCUUUGACUUUUAAAAAUAUUUUGCUAUGAUAAAUUUUAACAGAAGUCAUCUCAAGCCAUCAAUUUAUUCAUCAAUUCAUCAUUUUUAUUGAAAUUUCCAUUUUUUGUCAUUGAAAGAUGCAGUGUCUGAAUUUUGCUCUUGCCUCAUUAAUUCUAUAAGCCUGGGUGUAGUUUUCCUGUACUGCCUCCUACCUACUCCUGUCAGUUCAGUAAAGUAUCAUUAGAGGAAUUAGUCCCUUACGUUUACAAGUGAUUGGGUCAGAUGUUCUUUAGAUGUGCAUAUAAACUACCAACAAAACAUUUCAUUAUAAUAAUUAUGUAUAUAUGUAUUUAUAUACAACUUAAUGAUCCUGAGAUUUGUAUGCAUAGUUUACAAAGCUGAUAAGACUGAUCAUGUGUUUCAUUCAUUCAGCUCCAUCAGACAAGUAGGUUUGUCAGGGCUGAGCCAGUUUUUAUGAUGCUAGGCAUUAAUAUAAAUACUUUGUAAGGCUGUGUCGGAGAGAAUUACCAACCCCUCAUCAAGAUUUUUCUUUAAGCAGCCUCUGAGAAUGGCAGAAAAUCUAAAGGCUGUACUUUGAAACUAUGAUUUUUUGCCUUUAAGUUCAAUUUUACCAACAAGUAUUCUUGCAAGUGGCAGAUGUGCAAGCUUGGGAAAUCUUACGUCAUGUGACCAGCUGUAGAGAUUGCUGUUAAUGAUUAUAAGCUUGUUACAAUGACCUUGAAACAAGAAGAUUGUAUUCUUUUUAUUGUAUGGAGACCAAACUAUACAUGCUUUGUUUGCUUGGUUUUAUAUGUAAAUAGGAAUUGCAACUCAAAGAAUACACUUUCCCAGAAAAUGCAAACAUUUGGGGAGGUUUUAAUGCCUUUAAUAUUUUCCUUUUUCUGAAGUUACUCUCAGUUUAUUCUAUGCCAAAUAUCUACAGCAUGUUUCCUAUUCUUGCAUAAGGGAACCUUCAAAUUCAAUAAUCUGAAAAGUGUCUUCUGUCUACACAAAUAAGGUAUAUGUAAAUAGUCUAUACAUGUGGCUAGCUGUUUACUGGUGUCAAAAUCAAACAUUUUUGAAUAAAAGAAUCUCAGACUGCA